GGGAGCACCUGGAAAUGGCUGCUCAGAACCUUGUUGACAACCAGCUUCACACCUUCCAUCUGUGCUGGGAAUACAUCUGAAGGGAUUGAAGGGAAGGAAUAAGCACAGAUAAGGACCCCUAACCACUGAGAUAGACUCCCCUUUCAAUCGCAUAUGAAGCACUGGAGGAAAUGACCUCCUUUCAAAUCCUGCAACAAAACGCUCUAUUUUGAGCAUCUGAUCCUUCUUGACUGCUGGAUGCUCCAGCUGUGAUCUCCCCGUUCUGUUCACAUCACUGGACACCAGCAUUCAAGACCCUUCCAUUCUCUACCCCUUCAUCCUGAGACACCCAGAUGCUGCAGUCUCACCUUUGCACAACCGGUGCAGCUCAUCGAAGCUCCCGGGGUUGGGCAGCGGUUCCUCUCGACGGUGGCUCCGGCGGGCACUGUUCCUAGACCGAAUUCCGCCAUCAUGAAGCUGCUUGCAAUGGUCGCACUGCUGGUCACCAUCUGUAGCCUGGAAGGAGCUUUGGUUCGAAGACAGGCAGAGGAGCCGGAUAUGCACACCCUGUUCAGUCAGUAUUUUCAGAGCAUGACUGACUACGGCAAGGAAUUGGUGGAGAAGGCCAAGUCCUCGGAGAUUAAGAGCCAGGCCAAGGCUUACUUUGAGAAGACACAGGAGCAGCUGACACCCUUUGUCCAGAGAGCUGGAAGUAGUCUGAUGACUUUCUUAAGCAGUUUUAUGAACCUCGAGAAUCCAGCUCCCGCAGCUAAGUGAGAUGUGUCAGGACCAGUCAGUCUGCCUACCCCAGCUGCCCCACUGGCCACCACUAGAACCCUCUCCCUACCUUCUGCCUGUUUUCUCCAAUAAAUGAGGAAGGAGUUAAACUU